GGUGGGAAGUCGGGAUUUCCGAGUAGGAUCAUUCGGACUUUCCCCGAAUGCGGCAUCAGUCCCCGGCUCAAAAGAAACGCUCGUCGUUCAUUCAAGAGUGUGGACGUCCGACCGAACAAAUCAGCCAAGCUUUACUCUGAGAUGGCUGCACAGACGGCGCGUUCGCCCGGGCUUUCCCCAAAAAUAUGACUGCGCCUUUUGAGAGCGCCGGACGAACGGAAAGGACGUCGGGUCGACGAGGGCGAGGAGGCGUUCAAAGCUUCGACUUGUCGAGGUAACGACAACUGCAGCUAACGCGCCAUGCGGCGGGCCUGGCCAAUCCUGCCCACCCUGAUCCUGCUGUCGCUCGCGAGGGUCCGCGCGGCGCCGUGCCACACCUGCCAGAAACUGGUGGAGAGUUUCAUCAAGGGCUUGGAGAGAACGGCCAACAAGAACUUUGGGGGAGGCAACACGGCCUGGGAAGAGGACAAGCUGGCCAAGUAUGCGAGCAGCGAGACUCGUCUCCUGGAGAUCGUGGAGAGCGCGUGCGACCAGAGCGACUUUGAAUGCAACCGCCUGCUGGAGCGGAUCGAAGACCAGGUGGAGACGUGGUGGUUCCACAGGCAGCGGGAGGCGCCCGACCUGUCGGAGUGGUUGUGCAUCGAGCAGUUGCGCCUGUGCUGUCCUCGCGGGCGCUUCGGACCCGACUGCGAAGAGUGUCCGUCGGGGCCCGGCGGCGUGUGUGGCGGUUUGGGCCGCUGCGAGGGCGAGGGCACCCGAACGGGGGACGGCCAAUGCGUGUGUGACCCCGGAUACGCCGGCCCGCUUUGUCGUGACUGUGCCGACGGCUACUACGCGGACAGAAGCGCCAACGCCACCGACAUAGCCUGCGCAGCCUGCUUCCACUCGUGUAAGAAAUGCGGCGGGCCGCAGGACUACAAGUGCCUGGACUGCAAAGCGGGCUGGAUGCUUCACGACAACAAGUGCGUGGACGUGGACGAGUGCGGCACCGAGCUCUCCCGUUGUCCCUCCAACACGUACUGCCACAACACGGACGGCUCUUACGACUGCAGAGGCUGCGACCAGGCCUGUGUGGGCUGCAUGGGCAGCGGCCCCGCCCGCUGCAAGAAAUGCGCGCGCGGUUACAAGCUGAGAGGAGCCAAGUGUCAAGAUGUGGACGAAUGCGGCCAAGGCGCCACGCCCUGCCCGGGUCUCAACGAGGCCUGCAUCAACGACUUGGGCUCCUUCCACUGCGACUGCGCCGACGGCUUCAUCAGGAGAGACAGCAUCUGCGUUGACAACAAAGCUCCCGCCGGUCCGGAGAAGGGCCUGUUUGACGACAUGACGGAGGACGAGGUUCAGGUCCUGCAGCAGAUGUUCUUCGGCGUGGUCAUCUGCGCCUUGGCCACGCUGGCCGCCAAAGGCGACAUGGUUUUUACCGCCAUUUUCAUCGGGGGCGUGGCCGCCAUGGCCGGCUACUGGCUGACGGAGAAGGGCGACGACGUGCUGGACGGAUUCCUCAAGGCCCGCUAGGAUCAUUGACACGCCCCCCCCCCACCCCUGCACAGGGAGGCAGGCCUGCUUU